UGACGUCACUGGUCUCUAAGCCGGGGCUCGCGGCAGCAGGUGAGAGCGCAGCGUCUCCUCCUCGCGCACCGUAGAGCGGCGGAGUAGCCGAGCGGAAAGGAGCCAUGGGAAAGCUUCAAGAAUUUGAUAUCACUUUUACCAACAACAAAGUGGUUUACGGUCCGGGAGAGUCCAUUAGCGGUACUGUCAAAAUAAGGACCGCCAACUCGCUGCAGUACAAAGCCAUCAAGGUGAACUGUCAGGGCUCAUGUGGGAUCUCUAACAAAAUGAAAGAGGCCUCGUGGACUCUGGAGGAGCAGUACUUCAACAGCACGCUGUCUGUUGCUGACAAAGGAACGCUGACUGCUGGUGAACACAGUAUCCCCUUCCAGUUUCUCAUUCCAGUCACUCCCCCGACUUCCUUUGAGGGACCCUUUGGGAAGAUUAGUUACCGUGUGAGGGUGGCCAUUGACACGCCCCGCUUCUCAAAGGACUACAAAGCCCAGAGGCCCUUCUACCUACUCAACAUGCUCAACCUCAAUGAGGUGCCUGACAUUGAACAUCCGAGUUCCGCUGUGACCACUAAGAAGUUCAGCUACCUCCUGGUGAAGACGGGGACCCUGAUGCUGAAGGCUCACAGUGACCUGAGGGGUUACAUCCCGGGGCAGGUCAUCAAGUUAGCCACUGAGAUCCACAACAAGUCUGGGAAGGACACAGGAUGUGUGCUGGCCAGUCUCAUACAGAAAGUGACCUAUAAGACCAAGCGGCCUGUGGUCGACCUGCGGACCAUCGCAGAGGUGGAGGGAGCCGGAGUAAAGGCGGGAAAACAUGCCGAGUGGAGAGAGCAGAUCAUCGUCCCUCCUCUCCCUCAGUCUGCACUGGCCGGCUGCAGCCUCAUAGACAUCGACUAUUUUAUUCAGGUGUCCCUGAAAUCUCCGGAAGCAGUCGUCACUUUGCCCAUCUACAUAGGGAACAUUGCUGUGAACUUGUCUCCGUCAAGGGCCGUACCCUCCACUCCAGAACACGUCAUUGCGCCCACAGCGGCAGGCGUGACACCCAGUGCCCCGCCGGCAGAGGAGGAGCCAGAGGAGGGGCUGUGUGCAGGGGGCGUGGCCAGUGAGGCACUCCCAACCAAGAGUCACUCUCAGCAGGAUCCCUCAUGUCAGCCUGUCCCCAUGUCCCCCAGCGCGUUCAGCCACGCGCCCGGGGCAGCCCUUCCUCCCAGCCACAGGACGCCCGACGCGUCCGCUCCCCUGUUCUGUGUGUCCACCGGGGCCACCAUACCUUUCUUCACAGAGGGAGGAAACGUGACUCCCAUCCCCACUUCCUGUUCUCUCAUCCUCCCUCCAGAGUACAGCAGCUGGGACUACCCUCAUGAGCCUCCACCCACUUAUGAGGAAAGCUGCAGUAGCGCCAACUCCAGUUUCAACAGCCGACAGUAGAGAAGAAGAAGCAGGUGAUGAAGCAUCAUGGCCACGCCCACCCACACCUGUUUGCAUUCGCCUCUCGACAAAUCAGGACAGUGACGUGCUGGGUUAAAGAGGAAGGACGGUACUCCACCCCACAACACCCCAAAGACUGUUUCUUUGUCCUUGAAUAAUUAAAAACAAUCUUAUAUUUCAUCUAAGUUUUAUUUCCCCCUGUGUCCCAUCAGGUUGGGUCAGACAGAAUGGGGGGGGGGACAUCACUGUGCCUAGAAGGAGUAUUUUGGAUCAUCAUACAGCAUUUAGAAUAUUCAAUGAUUGGGCAUGUGUCUUUCAUGGGGCGGAGUAAAAUCUGUUAUGUUUUUUUUUUUCUCAAUGAAUCUUUGCAUGUGUGAAAAUGAAGCCUUGAAAAUGAUUUUGGCCGACUGAGGGCUCCUGUUUGACUAGUUCCAAUUGUACACUUGUUAUUGUGGUCCACCACUGUCUGUCUGUGUCAGCUGUGUCUCAGUUGUCCUCAUCUUCAGCAGGGCAGAGCUGUCUUAAUGCUGGAGAAGGUUUUGCCAGAAAAUGGGGUUUGACUAGUUAAAACCAGUGUGUAGGAUUUCUCUAUGUUUUAUAGCAUCGUAGAUUUACUCUGAUGGCUAUAGUCUGUGUUUUUAGGAAGACUUAGCCAACCCCAAUGGAAAUGGCUGAAGUCUGCGUCUAUUACUGUAGUCGUAUACAUCACUGUCUGCUACAUUGUCUUUCUUUUUAAGAAGACUAGAAGUUUCCAGUCAGAAAUCGUUAAAAUCCUACACAUAGGGGCUUUAAAGACAAAUCGUGUCACAGCAACACCUCUCAGUUGUAUAACUCAAAACAAAGGUAGCAAAAAAUACUGUAGUUACAAAAAGGAAUCCAGUCACACUAAAAUCACUAUAUUUUUAAACAUUGUUUUUAUCGAUAUGACCAAUUGGAAUGUAUACAUUUUUGUUUGUGGACCAGAUCAUUUAUGUUGAGAAACUGGAAUGAAAGGAAAAUCAACACAUGCACACAUGUUGCAUGUUUUUGUUAUUUUGAAAGCGUAUACAUCUGUGUAGCGCCACCAUGUGUUGCCUGAUGGAACUGAGAGGUUUUGCUUUGACACCCGUUUUGUAUUCAGCAGACAGGUUAUCUGCAGAUGAGGCUCAUUUCUCCUGCAGCUGCACAUGAGGACUGCAGUACUGACGCAGGCUUUCUCUGCCCUCUUGUGGUCAUCACACGUUUAUCUCAACUCGUCUUGAACCUGGAGCAACAUAAUACUGGAAUACUUCACCGAGGCUCUGCUUGUGUGACGAACCAACCGAGGUCUGCUGUGCUGUGUAAAUGUAAAUCUUGUUUUUGAGCAGAACUGACAGAUUGAGGUUUGAGAUGCAUGUUGUUUCGGGAUGCGAGUUGUUCAGCAUCAUUGUUUCAGUCUCAGCCUGAAUGAGAUUGGAUGUUGGUUUCUCUCCUGUCUUUUGCCUUAACCUUCUGUUAGUGUUACACCAGUGAGAUGAGAAUCCUCUGAAACUUCAGGCGAUGCAGAUGAUAAUGUGCACAACCCAGCACUUGUCACUUUUUUAAAUUUGCGUGUGUGUGUAAGUAAGUGAGUGAGUGAUAGAACUUGGACAAGUUCCCCUGUGGUCUGUUUUCACUCAUACUCAACAAUCUAAAACUGAGUUUUGAUUCAGCACCUGUGCGGGUAAAAUAUCUGUUAGAGACAUUUCUAUUUGCCUGUGUCAAAGGGCCGGGGUGAUAGUUCUACAUUUUUACCUUUCGGCGUAAUCAAUACCAUUCACAAUGAUUGUUGUAUCAGAUUUAGUGUACAUUGGUCAUAUUUUUCAUAUCUUGAUGACAGUAAAUAUCUUUAUGCAUAUGAUUAGAAUGAUUUCACCCAAUCUGUGUUUUCAAAGCAUCAAUACAUUUGUUACUUUUCUGUGGUAAACUAACACCACUGAAAAUCUAAAGCGCAACUGCUAUCCUGAAUGUUUGUGUGACUUUUGAUGUGUUUGUCUUAUUUUACAACAUUUAAGUACAAUCUCCGUGUCCAUUUUGUGAAAUUGGAAA